AUGACGUUAGAGAAACAAUGGCAGAAAAAUUUAUACCAAAAUUAUGGCUGGCCAGAUAAUUAUUCGGACAGCUCGUUCUUGGAACAGUUACGUAAAAAUAUUAAACCGAAUGAUGUAACAUUGAUGGAAGCAAUAAUAUUUGGAGCCACUAUAUGUAUUCAAUUGAAUAUCAUAGUUCUCUUCGUUAUUAUAUUCAUCUGGUUAAACGAAGAAUGGACUACGCCUAAUAUAAUAUUCCUAUCGAGUGUAAUUUUAACUAUAUUUGGUUACCUUGUGUAUUGUGCAAAGGAACCAAACACUAUGCAUAAAUUAACGAAGGACAUCAGAACGGUAUUAAUUUUUCUUACAUUUGGUUAUAUCUUAUCUCCAGUCUUGAAGACGUUAACUGAAACCAUCAGUACAGAUACAAUUUAUGUCAUGACAAUACUAAUGUUUUUAACACAUCUAAUAUUCAGUAAAUACGGUUCUUUGCAGAUCUCUUUGUCAGAUUCUUUAUCCAUAACAUCUUCUAUUUUUGGUUCACUGAUGUUAGCCUCCAGGCUGGCGUCUCCGUCACAUGCUUUCUCUCUUCUUACAGUUGCUGUGCAAUGUUUCGUUUUAUUGCCGUUUUUAAUGUACAAACUAAGUAACAAAAUAUUUAUUUCAAGUUUUUUAACGUUUAGUUCUUUAUAUUUCCUUUUAUUUGUUUCACAAACAAUCUCUUACGUUUUUAUUGUGUCCAUAGUAUUCCUUCAUUUUAUAUGCCCUUGUUGGUACGUACAGUGUCAAAGAUAUAAGGAUAACAUUUAUGGUCCUUGGGAUGAGGCUGUUAUAACUUCUUAAAAACUAAGAUACGUGUAAAUUGUAAAUAUACUGCAUGGUACAUGUUCGAAUGAUACAAUUUAAAAGGGAAAUCGUUCAAUGAUUUUAACAUUUAAUUUAUUAAUAAUAGGGACCACAAUUGAUAUAGCAA